GGCCAAUAGCGGCAUCGUUAGCCCGGGGUUUCCCGGCCCGCCCCGCGGCGGUGACCUCAGCGGCCUCAGCCAAUGGCGGCGCCGCCCGCGUGGGGAUUUCCAGCUACGGCGGCCGCGCGGCCUCGGGCUCCGGUGGGGGCGGGCGGCACCGGCGGCAGUCCCGGUGGGAUAUGGCCCUGCCGCUCGGAGCUGCCCUGCAGGAUCCCAGCCUGGCCAUGGCACACGCCGCACCCGUGACUGAUGAUUUAGAGAUCAUUGAAGAAGUCAUGAAGGAGGACGGUUUCCAGCUGGAUCCGGCCCCCGUCUUGCCCAAAGCGUUGACCAAAGGCUCAGCCAAGCUGGUGGCCCGUGGCUCCAACCCUGUAGUGGCCACCCGGCCACUGCACCCAGCUGAGUCCUGCCCACUGGCAGCCGGCUUGGCACCCUAUGGUGCCCCGGUGCUGCCAGCUGACACGCGGUCCCCGCAGCUCGCCCAAAGCCUCAGCACCCUCUCGCUGUCACCCAAGCUGGUGCCGCGGGGAACGACGGGCAUUGGCGGGCGGCACCGGUGGUCUCCGGCCGCCGGACACGGCAAAGAGCAGCUGGAGGAGCUGCUGGAGCCACCCAAAUUGGUGAUCACGGAGCAGCCCAAGCAGCGGGGCAUGCGCUUUCGCUACGAGUGCGAGGGCCGCUCAGCCGGCAGCAUCCUGGGCAAGAGCAGCACGGACGCCAGCAAGACGCUGCCGGCCAUCGAGCUACUGAACUGCCACACGAUCCCCGAGGUGAAGGUGACGGCGUGCUUGGUGUGGAAGGACUGGCCCUACCGCGUCCACCCCCACGGCCUGGUGGGCAAGGACUGCAGCAACGGGCUCUGCGAGGUCGUCCUCAAGCCCCAGACCAACCCCAAGCACAGCUUUAGCAACCUGGGCAUCCAGUGCGUGAAGAAGAAGGAGAUCGAGACGGCGAUAGAGAAGAAGCUGCAGUUGGGCAUUGACCCCUUCAAAGCCGGUUCCCUCAAGAAUCAUCAGGAGGUGGACAUGAACGUGGUGAGGAUCUGCUUCCAGGCCUCCUACAAGGACUGCUCCGGGCAGACACGGCACCUCAGCCCGGUGCUCUCGGAGCCCAUCUUCGACAAGAAGUCCACCAACACCUCGGAGCUACGGAUCUGCCGGAUGAACAAGGAGAGCGGUCCUUGCACGGGCGGCGAGGAGCUCUACCUGCUCUGCGACAAAGUCCAGAAAGAGGACAUUGCAGUGGUUUUCCGGAAGGAGACGUGGGAGGCGCGGGCGGACUUCUCGCAGGCCGACGUGCACCGCCAGGUCGCCAUUGUCUUCAAGACACCACCCUACCAGCACCUGGAGCUGGCUGAGCCCGUGGAGGUGGAGGUCUUCCUGCAACGGCUCACCGACAGCGUCUGCAGCGAGUCCUUCCGCUUCACCUACCUGCCCAAGGACCACGAUGCCUACAGGGUGAACAUGAAGCGGAAGCGGGGGAUGCCUGACAUCCUGGAGGAGCUCUCGGGUGCAGAUCCGUACGGGAUCGAAGCCAAGAGGAGGAAGAAGCCGCUGGGAUACAUGGAUCACUUCGCGCCCUUGCCGGUGGCAGAAGACACCUUCGCCCUCUUCGCCGCUGAGCCGGAACCCUUCGACGCCCUCGCCCAGCUCUACGUCCCUUUCACCCCCCCCGGCCCUCCGCGAGGGGUUGCCCCCCCCUUACCCCCCCACGGACUUCCCGGCCUGUCUGGGCCCCGAACUGCUGGCUGAACCCUACGGUUCCCCACCCAGUGCCCCCCCCCUUCCCCCCCCACCGACCCCCACCCCACCGCCAGCCUGGUGGGCACCCAUAUGUUCCCCGGGCACUACAAAGAGGCAGACCUGCGCCUUGGGGACGUCUGAGUCCCCCCCCCGCCCCGAGCUCCCCCCUUCUUUUUCCCCAAUACAGACUUGGGGGACCCCAUUACCCCUCUCCCAGCUUUGGGGGGGUCCUCCUUGUCCCCAAUCCCCCCUGCCCCGGGCCGGCUGGCCCCGCCGGGGCGGCACAGAGUCUCCCCCCUGCCCCUGGAAGGACACACCCCCCCCCCCACCCCCCCCAGUUCAAGCCACUUUGCACUAUAUUUAUAGGGGGGGGACCCUCUGGUGGCCCGGGGGGGGGGCAUGGGGUAGCCCCCAGAGUGGGGGGGGGAUAUGUGCCACCACCCCGGUCCCGCGGGUCACUCGUCCCUGUGUGCCAGGGUUGGGGGGGGAAUAAAGCCGUGGACUCCA